CGGUCGUGCCGGUCGGGGCUGGGCUCUACGCACUUUGCGUAGCGAGGGGGUUACUUAAGGCCUGGUCCUUGGCCUUGAGCAAGCCCUGCCUGUCCCCCUGGAGGGGGCGGGGGUGGGGAGAGGCGAGGCUGAAAAAGAAAAGAAGGGAAACUGGGGCUGUUAAGGGCAUUAUAAUUUCUUUAAAAAGAGAGGAAAGAGGAGGCCAUGGCUGUCCCAGCCAAGAAGAGGAAGAUGAACUUUUCAGAGCGGGAGGUGGAGAUCAUCGUGGAGGAACUGGAGCUGAAGAAGCACCUGCUGGUGAACCACUUCAAUGCUGGGGUCCCUCUGGCUGCCAAGAGUGCGGCCUGGCAUGGCAUCUUGAGAAGGGUCAACGCUGUGGCCACCUGCCGUAGGGAGCUGCCCGAAGUCAAGAAGAAGUGGUCCGACCUCAAGACCGAGGUCCGACGCAAGGUUGCCCAAGUCCGAGCUGCUGUAGAGGGUGGCGAGGCCUCAGGGCCUACAGAAGAGGAUGGAGCUGGUGGACCUGGGACCAGCGGAGGCAGUAGUGGCAAUGGCACGGCCAUAGCCCCCGUACUGCUGACCCCUAUGCAGCAGCGCAUCUGCAACUUGCUGGGUGAGGCUACCAUCAUCAGCCUACCUAGUACCACAGAGAUCCAUCCUGUGGCCCUCGGACCCACGGCCACUACAGCUGCAGCCACGGUCACCCUGACACAGAUCCCCACUGAGACCACCUAUCACACACUGGAGGAGGGCGUGGUGGAGUACUGCACAGCGGAGGCUCCUCAGCCGCUGCCGACGGAGGCCCCAGUGGAGGUGAUAACACAGCAUGCAGACACAUCCGUCAAACCUCAGGCACUCAAGAGCCGCAUCGCCCUCAAUUCGGCCAAGCUGAUCCAGGAGCAGCGGGUCACCAACCUGCACAUAAAGGAGAUCGCCCAGCACCUGGAGCAGCAGAAUGACCUGCUCCAGAUGAUCCGCCGUUCCCAGGAGGUGCAGGCCUGUGCCCAGGAGCGGCAGGCCCAGGCCAUGGAGGGCACCCAGGCAGCCCUGAGUGUCCUCAUACAGGUCCUCCGGCCCAUGAUUAAAGAUUUCCGACGCUACUUGCAGAGUAACACACCCAACCCGGCCCCGGCCCCUGACCCUGGACAGGUGGCCCAGAACGGACAGCCAGACGGCCUCAUCCCAUGAACGCAGGGGCUAAGCCAGUGUUCUGCCGAGAUCCAAGGAAACUUGUGUGGAAUUGUAAGUGGUUUCUGUGAGUGGCUUUAAGUGGGCCAUGUGGAUAGCUCCCUCUUGGAUAGAUAACUUGGGUUUUAUUAGUCCAAGAGAAGUGAAAGAGACUGGGAAAAGGACCGUUCCAGGUCUCUGGAACCCAUUCUCUCUUAGUUCACCCUCUGGAGCUGCCUUGCUGAAAUCCCGAAGAUUUAGCUGGGAAUCAUGUGUGCCGGUGAUGGGCCGUGGGUUGUGGUGAUCUAAGGCUUGUGAUAUCAAACAGACUCAGAUUAGGACAACUUUAAAGACAGACUGGUUCUCACUGGGGCCAUGUCAUAGCACAGGAUCUUCAGUGAGCCGCCCCACCUCAGGUGCGCCAUCUUUUUGAGUGGCAUCCUGCCAGUGGUGCUGGCAGAAAUGCAAUAACACCCACCCAAGGAUGUCUUCCAGUGCCACUGGGAAAGCCCAGCCCUUUCUCCCUCUCACUGUGCCUCCUUUCUCAGGGGACUCUCUCUACUGCUGUACGCCACAACCACCCAGGCACAGCCCAGCUCUUGGAAAUGCCCUGAGACUCAUGUAGCCAGCCUGGCUCAGAAAUGCCGUGUGAGGCGGGAAUGGGUUGGCCACUCUGUAGUCUUCCAUGACACCUCUGGGUAGCUGUUAUGUACUUUGACACAGGUGGGCUUCAGGUGCUGUCAGUGUUAGAAGGCAACCCCCUGUGGAAUCCUGUUUCCUGCUGCAGGGUACUUGAGGUGAACCUCUAAUUUUUUUUUUGAAUUUUUUUUUUUUUAAUUUUUUAAGAAAGCUCACUUCUAGCCUGUUGUAUUUAUUCUAUAGCUGAACCCUUUCUGGGAGAGCAUCAGGCUCUGUGGUUAGCCUUCUUUCUCCUCUGCUGGAUCACACUUCCAAAAUACCAUGCACAUUAGAGUCCUGCUCAGCAUCCCACCCCAAUACUCAUCUUCCCUGCUCUGUUACUCAGUACCCGGUGCCCUGAAGAUGCACACACACACACACACACACACACACACACACACACACGAUGGCUGAGUGAAUCCACAGGAAGAUGGUCCUUGAAUGUAAGAGGGGGGAAGAUAGAAAGUGGGCCCUUUGAAUCUUGUGCUCUAGCAGGACUUUUCCACCAUCUCUCUGAGGCACUCAUCUCUGCCAGGCAGGGUUUAUCUGUAUCACUUUCAAACUUGAAGUGCUGAGAGGCCUGUCUCCUAUAUCACCUCCCCAUUUGCCAUUUCGCUGCCAUAACUGGGCCACUCAUGAACAGUGGCUACAGCUCCAAGUUCCAGACCUCAGCCAAGCUGCCUUUCCAGGCAUGCACACACGGAGAUGCUUAGCUCCGCAGUUGUGGUCCCAGGAAGAGGGCCCCUGGAGACAGUUAGGAGACGGCCCCUUCUCCAAGGAAGCAUGUGUAAUGCCAGCUACAGAGAGGUAGAAUGAGACGGGGCGCCAGCAGGAUUGCUGCAGGGGCCUCCUAAGGAUUUGUGACCCAGUUGGUUCUUCUCUGGGGCUGGAAAUCUGAGCCAAUGUUGUAUCUGUUCCAUUUAUGCAUAAAGAGGAAGCCUAGAUUACUUAAGCUAACUUGUUUUUCCCAGGUCACAACUUUAAAUUA